UUUUUCUCGUGGGUGUCUCCAAUACAUAUACAUGAAUUGAUAUCAUCAUUAAUCCAACAUCAUAUGAAUCCCGUGCCUUUCAUUCACUGCACUUCUUGCAUUUCCAGCUUUAUCACCUCCCGCCUCCGCAUUUCAACAAAGUUAAACCAAAAACAAAAGAAAAACUAAACAAAACUGCUAAACAUGUCAAGGGCAACCGUUGAGCUCGAUUUCUUUGGGUUGGAGAAGGGGAAGAAGUUUCUUCACCGCCAAAGAAGUUUCCGUGAGAUUCAGAGCGCCAUUUCGAAGAUCAACCCGGAGCUUCUGAAAUCAGUGAUCGCCUCGGGGUCGGCGAACCAGAAAUCAUCUAAUUCGGAGUUAUCGUUGUCUGUGCCGUCCAGUCCAAACGGCGACCAAAUUGUGUCUCCCGCUUUACCUGUGUAUGUUCGAAACGAUAAUAAUAAUAAUAAUAAUAUUCUUCAUCGAGAAAGCACUACAGCUCCUCUCACCAUCUUCUACAACGGCACCGUCUCUGUUUUUGAUGUUCCUCGCGCCAAGGCGGAGAGCAUUCUGAAGCUUGCUAUAGAAGGAAGCUCCAAGGCUGUUGAAUCGGCAACGGCGGACACCCAGCUACUUGAUAAUCUCGACGGUGAUCUGCCAAUUGCACGUAGGAAGUCACUGCAGAGAUUCUUGGAGAAGCGCAAAGAGAGGAUUACAUUUGUGUCCCCUUAUGCUUGCCACACCUAGACGCGUUUUCAGAGGAUGACUCUUGGAGAAGUAACUUUACAAAUGUCAAAGAAGAGAAGAUAACGAAGACCAUAAUAUUAUUAAUAAUUAAUCGUCUUAUUUUAAAGGAAAUUAUUUAUUAUUUAAUACAGGUUACAAUAUACUCUCGUUUCCUUUUUUAAAGGAGCUGAAGCAAUUUGUUGCUUUUUUCCUCCUUUUUCCUUAUGAAUUAGCUACAUAUAUACACAGCAAAAAAAUGGCUCUGUAGGGACGUCUGUGGUGGUUCAGUUUCACGUUCUAGUAUUUUUUUUUUUUUUUAAGGGAUCAAUAUUUAUUGUCUCCUUCCUAUGAAGUGGUCUUUAGGCCAUUAUUUUAUUCCUAACGCUAUUAUUUACUAAUGUUAUAUCUAUAUUUGACUUUUAAGUUC